CGCCCCUUCCUCCCGCACGUCUCGCGCCAGUUGAGCUCAGCGAGUAAAUAGCGAGAGAAGCCUCAAGAUGGCUGACUCACUGAGCUCCGUCCGCCUCGGCAGCGGAGCCGCGGCGACCGCCCCCAUCAAGGGCUCGCUUCCCAAGCCCUCGGAGGCGAAGAGAGCCCCCGAGAACCGCCCGCAGUCUUCCCGGGACUUGAACUCGCCGCCGCCCAAGAAGCUGCGAGUGGAGGAGAGGACCGUCAAACCAAAGAAAGUCGUCCGGGAUGGAGGAGGGCUAGUGGGAGGCAACUGUAACGGGAAAGAUAAACUCCAGCAGCCGACGAAGCAGCCGAGUCUCGCGACGGGUUUGUGGAGCCUCAGCCCGGCCGGUGCGAGCGCGAGUGCCGCGUUGGUCCACACAAUCAGCGGAAGCCAAGCACCCGCCGCCGCCGCCGCCCACAAAAUCUUGAAGCAGAGCGAAUUCUUGCUCCACAAGGCGCCUUCCUUCGCUAAAAACAAGAAGCCUAGCAAGGAUAAGGGAGACGUGAAAAAGAAACUAUUCGUGACGCCCGCUAACAACGACAUGAGCAGAGUCAGCCAUAUUUCUCCGGUGAAAAGGCAAAACGGGGAUGUCACGUUGCCACAGAAAGAGCUCCUCCACAAGGACAAGACUAAAGAGCGGGAGCGCGAGGAGAAGAAGAAGCACAAAGUGAUGAACGACACUAUUAAGCGGGAGAAUGGAGAGGUCAAGCAGCCCAUUAAAGAUGGCGGCGUCAAAGCCAAGAUCAACUCUGAGCUGCAAAUCAAAAAAGUCAAGAAGAAAAAGAAGAAGAAACACAAAGAGGGGGAGAAGCACAAGCGAGUGAAAAUGUACCACCGCUCGUGCCAAACCAUUUGUGCCGGCCUGGUCCGCCUCCCCUCCGCCCCCCCUCAGCUCACCAAUUGGUCCCGCCCCGACCCCGCCGGGGACGCCACCUUGUCUCCGUUUAAAUUGCCGCUGCCCGUUGACCCUUCGCCCGGCAGCAAAAGCGCACACCUGCACCCCUCUUACGUUAACUCCUCUCCGCAGCCUUCCCCGAACAAGCACCCGGCACGCUGUAUCCAUCCCGGCCUGUGUGGCCUGGAGUUCGCCGCUUACAUCCAUAUCGAGCCUCAGCCUAACGGAGGGGCUCUCGUGGCCCACGCCUUCGCCUCGCAGCUGUCCUCGCUCUCCACGGGCCAGAGGCAGAGGUUCGCCCAGGAGUUUGUCACCCUGGCGUUCAGCGAGGACUCGUCGCAGGCCGCUCAUUACGUCAUGGGCAUCGUCCACGGAGAAGCCGCCUACCUGCCCGACUUCCUGGACUACUUUUCCACCAAGUUCUCAUCGGCUCCGGUCAAAAUGGAGAUCCUGGGAAAGAAGGACAUCGAAACCACCACGAUGGCUAAUUUCUACUCUCAGGUAAAGAGGACCUACAGCCACGGCACAUACCGAGCCGGGGCGAUGCGGCAGAUUAGCCUGGUGGGAGCCGUGGACGAGGAGGUCGGCAACUUCUUCCCCGAAUUCCUCGCCAUGCUGGAGGAGUCGCCCUUCCUGAAGCGCACUCUUCCGUGGGGAACGUUGUCCAGCCUGAGCCUGAUGAGUCCCGACGAGAGCGACGACGGGCCCAUCAUGUGGGUGAGACCGGGAGAGCAGAUGAUACCUCUGGCGGACAUACCAAAAUCUCCUUUUAAAAGAAAACGGUCCACCAACGAGGUGAAGAACCUCCUCCAGUCCCUGCCCAGGACCAGCGAGCCCAGAGAGAUGCUGUUCGAGGAUCGGACGCGAGCCCACGCCGACCACAUCGGCCAGGGUUUCGAGCGUCAGACCACGUCGGCGGUGGGCGUGCUGAAGGCAGUGUGCUACAAAGAAGGGUACGACGCGUCUCUUUCGUUUGAAGCUCUUGGUUUUACAUCACCCGUCCACCGGCAGGCCGACGUGAAUUCUGUGUUUUGCAGCUCGGAGCCUCCUCGCGUAACCAAAGACGUCGUGUGCUUCCACGCUGCUGAUUUCCCAUACGUGGUUCAGCGGCUGCAGUUGGAUCUAUACGAACCACCGCUCUCUCAGUGUGUGCAGUGGGUGGACGAUGCCAAGCUGAACCAGCUGCGUCGAGAGGGAAUCCGCUACGCCCGCAUCCGCCUGUGUCACGACGACAUCUACUUCAUCCCGCGCAACGUGGUCCACCAGUUCAAGACGGUGUCGGCCGUCUGCAGCCUGGCCUGGCACGUCCGCUUAAGGCAGUAUGACCAGGGAAGCCAGGAAGAAGAGGUGAAGGAGGAAGAGGAGGAAGUGGGCAUAAUGGAAGGAAAGAAGGGUGAUGAAGAAGAAGAAGAAGAAAGAAAGGAGAGGAUAAAAGUGGAUGAGGAGGAGUCAGGCGCAACUAGGGACAGGACGUUGCAAACACUGGAAGAUCAUCCUCUUCCUCGUUCAUCGGCUCGCUCGGCGGACUCUGAGCUGAGAGCGAGCGACGAGCCGCAGGAGAAGCAGGUCGCAAAGGAUGACGGGAGACCCGAACAGCCGCAAUCACCUCCGAUUGGAGUCAAAGCGGAACCUCCGCAUAAGAGCAAACCCUCGUCACCUCUUGUGAACGCUCCUCAUCCUCACCAUCCUGAUGCAAAAUCAACAAAAAAUGCUCCCCACCGCUUCCAUCAUCAUCAUCAUCAUCAUCAUCAACGUCCAGCAAGCGCCCCCACGCCAUCUUCCAGCUCAUCCUCUUUGUGUCUCGAGACUCCCUCUGCUCACUCAUCGUCCUUACACCGCUCGUUAGCUGCUGCCGGCCUGUCCGCCGCCUCCUCCUCCUCCUCCUCCUCUUCAUCACAGAGUCCCAAGCCUACACCGGAGUCCCGCCCGCAUCCUUCCUCGGAAUCUGCGUCUUCCCGGCUGGCCCCGUCCCCUCGAAAGGACGAAGACUCGCCCCGCUUCAGUCCGGAAGCGGCCGCCGACAGGCGGACUUCGUCGUCCUCGGAGUUCCACGUCGCCCGGACUCGCACGCCGGCUGAAAAAUGGACUCGCGGCGUCGACGUGAGCCCCGGGACGUUCGCGCGCGGUCACCGCGUGCCGCAAUAUCCUCCUCCCCGUCACCUCCCCCAGAUGCUCCCUCCCUCCUAUUCCCCACUCCUGCCUCACUCGCACCUCCCCCGCAGACCUCCCCUCACCACGCACCAAAAUCUGCCCCCCUUCCUCGGUCAGCCGCCGCCCCCCCAGCCGGUUCACAUCAGCCAGCUGCACCUGCACCCUCCCACCACCCAGCCCCAGCAUUACUACCCCCAAAUCGCACCCCACAUGCCCCCCCACCAGUUCCACCCGCACGCCAAACCUUUCUUCCCCUCGCACUUCCCCUCGCACCACUUCCCCCCCUCUCGGCCGUUCCCCCGCCACCCUCCCCCACGUUGCCAGCCCGCCGCGCCCGCCCCGCCUCCCCAUCCUCCGUCUCACACCUUCAUCCCGCCUCCCCCGCCACCUCCUUCCUCUUCGGAGUCUCCGCCUCCCCCGCCCCCUCCGCCCCCGCUUCCCCCGAAUCACGAGGAGGAGCAGAGUUGAUUGGGUUUCCAGAUGAAAAUGUACAGGUUUCCUUUCGGUGGUGUCGUAGAAAGGAAAGUGUUUAAUUUAACCCCGUUUUAUGUCACUUUUAGAUGGUACUUUCACGUACAGCUCGUUUAAACACGAGAGGAGUGCACGAGUUUGGCAUUUAGGAAGUCCCCGCGUGCUGUGAAAAGUGUCACAGAAGCAGGUACGUCGAGUCUGUCGUUUUGGAAGCACGCCGUUUUAUUGUACAACCCGCAGCGAACGCUUCCGUUUUUGCGCCCGACAGUGUUUACGAAACACAGAGGGGUCAAAAACCGCCAUCUUACACAAUACUCGUAUUGUCGUCCUGACGUAAUACGGCGGGCGAGACGCAAUAUUACGUCGUACGAUAAGGCUUCCUCCCGAGAUGUCGCUGGUAUUACACGGUGGAGUGUCGCCUACGGAUUCAGCUGUCGCCACUUUGUCUUACCGGAGUGACGUCACAACCCCCUGCUGGCUCGCACUCGAUAGGAAGUAGCCCGAUGAGGAAUGUUUCUUCUUGAUUAUGUUGAAACACUGAAAAAGUAUUCAGUCGGCCACCGAUUGUGCACGUUCUCCCACUUGUAAAGAUGAGAGAGGCCUGUCAUUUUCAUCACGGGUGUACCUCACCUAUGAGACAAAAUGAGAAAAGAAAAUGUGGAAAAUGGCUGUCUGAUUUGGAAAGAAUUUAUGAGCAAAUGAUGGUGGAAAAUUAAGUAUUUGGUCAACGACAAAAGUUCAUCGCAAUACUUUGUUAUAUACCCUUUGUCGGCAGUGACAGAGGUCAAACGAGGUUCUCACACGCUGUUGCUGGAAUUUGGGCCCAUCCCUGCAUGCAGUGAUGUUUUGGGGCUGUCGCUGGGCAACACAGACUUUGAACUCCCGCCGAAGAUUUUCUACGGGGUUGAGAUCUGAACCUUGAAACGCUUGUUUACGAAGCCACUCCUCCGUCGCCCGGGAUCGUCGUCGUGCCGGAAGACCCAGCCACGUUUCAUCUUCAACGCCCUUGCUGACGGAAGGAGCAAAUGUCACGAUACGUGGCCCCAUUCAUUCUUUCCUUUACGCGGACGGCUCAGUCGUCCUGGUCCCUUUGCAGAAAAACCGCCCCAAAGCAUGACUUUUUCCACGCCCACGCUUCACAGUAGGUAUGGUGUUUUUUUGGAAGUCAACUACAAGUUGACCAAAAAGUUGGAUUUUGGUUUCAUCCGACCAUACGACAUUCUCCCAAUCCUCUUGCGGAUCAUCCAAAUGCUCUCUGGUUGUGGGAUUUUCGCUCACCGUUCUCGUGAUCAUUUUGACCCCACGGGGUGAGAUCUGGCGUGGAGCCCCACGUCGAGGGAGGUUAUCAGCGGUCUUGUACGUCUUCCGUUUUCUAACAAUCGCUCCCACAGUUGAUUUCUUCACACCGAGCUGCUUACCUAUUGCAGAUUCAGUCUUCCCAGCCUGGUGCAGGUCUCCAAUUUUGUUUCCGGUGUCCUUUGAAAGCUCUUUGGUCUUGGCCAUAGUGGAGUUUGGACAGGUGUCUUUUAUACUGAUAAGGAGUUCUAACGGGUGCCAUUAAUACAGGUAACGACUGGUGGACAUAGGAGCCUCUUAAAGAAGUUGUUACCGGUCUGUGAGAGCCACAAAUGUUUGUAGGUGAGCGAAUACAUUGUUUAAAAAUCAGUGAUUUUCUGGAUUUGUUUUUUUUUUCCUCUCAUUUUGUCUUUCAUAGGUGAGGAUGAUGCAAAUUACACACCUCUCUCAUCUUUUCAAGUGGGAGAACUUGCACAAUUGGUGGCUGACUAAAUACUUUCCAGACCCACUGUAACACCGCAGCGCAAUUUGAAAACAUGUCCAAUAGGAUUAAAUACCAUUGCGAAGACAUUAAAAUGACGACGUAGAUGCAGAUCAAACAACAAUUGGGGGGGGGGGGGAAUAAAAGAAUUGUAAUUGGGCAACCUACAUCCGUAUUACACAGAUUCAGCCUAUCGGUGGCUGUCCCAAGGCUUUUGUACACACCACUUUUUUUUUUUCCCCCACUUUUUUACGCCUACCAUGAAUGUUUGUUACAGGUCACACUUCCAAAAGCACUUAAUGACAGAUUCCAAAUGUUGAAACAAUUUGUCUCGUGUGUUUGUCGCACGCCCGUCCUCAACCGUAAACUACAGAAUGUUCACAGAUACUUUGUUUCGUCACCCAAAGUUUCCCGCUGUGAUUUAUUUAUUUAUUUAUUUUUUGUCCCCCCGCUGGAAAAUUGGACCAAAGCCUUAAAAAAAAGGGUCAGCCGCUCGGCAAGCCGAGCUCCGUUUUCCGCCAUUUAGUCUGACGGCUAGAACGGCAAAUGUUUGUAAAAUGUGAGUUUAAAGCUUCACUUCUCGUGCCCCUUUCGGCCUGGCUUCGCUUGAGAGGUGAAGGUCGUUGCGGAGCACUCUGCAGCUUUUUGAUUAGAUUUUUUAACACCUCCGGAGUUCAGGUGUGGUCAAACAGAAAAGAAAAAGCUGAAGCGAUCUUUCUAUUUUUUUUGUAUAAACUGGCAUUGGAGCAGAAAGUCGUCAGGGACUUGUUUUAUCAGGAUUUAUUUAUCUGGAGUUUGUGUGUUUUUGUUUUUGAUUUCAGCCAUUCUCGUUUCAACUGUCAGCACUGUAGUGUACAUAAGAUGUUUUGUAAAGACAAAACGCGUAGAAAGGUUUCUACUUUAAAUAAAUAAGAGGCUAAAUAAUAAAAGGCUCACCGGGCGAAA